AUGCAGGCUUUGGGACAGCUGGAGGCUUUGGGACGUCUGCGUUUGGAGCCACCACCAACACAGGAGGACUGUUUGGAUCCACUCAGACUAAACCGGGCGGUCUGUUCGGGUCCAGUACCUUCAGCCAGCCGGCCACCUCCUCCACCAGCGCCGGCUUUGGGUUCGGUGCAGCCAGCGGCACCUCUGCCAGUCUGUUUGGAAACACGGGGACCGGUACCAGCGGGGGUCUGUUCUCUCAGCAGAACACUGCGUUUGGAGCCAACAAGCCCACCUCCUUUGGAAACUUCGGGACCAGCACCAGCACUGGAGCCGGUCUGUUUGGGUCCACCAACACCACCUCCAACCCUUUUGGUGGAUCCAGCUCCUUGUUCGGAGGCUCCGGGUUCUCAGCCUCCCAGCAGCCAGGAACAACCGUCAAGUUCAAC